AUGGCUACUAUGGCUUUGCGCCACUCCGCGCUCCAUGUGCUUGCCAUCGGCGUCAGCGUGUACUUAGGUGCCCGUGAGAUCUACUCACACGACUUCUCAAACAGCACAGAUGUCUUCAGGGGCCCUGUUGAAUCUCCUGUCGCUCUUCGCGACACCACUAUCCUUCCCUCCAUUGAAUCGCUUGACGAAUCGACAUCGAUCACAUCCACUCCAUAUGACUCAGAUACUCCAACCUUUACCACAACGGAGUACAUCACGAUCAUCAGAACUCCCGAGCCUGAAGAUCGGGGCUUGUCCACAGUGCGUCCCAUUUACGGAGGCCAGAAUGGUCGUAACCCCUAUGCAAACAACCCUCUGGUUCAAAGUCUGAUGCACACUGUCGCUCCCCUGUUCGGCAAUCCCACCUUCAUGGCUGUGCACGGAGUCCUCGAGUCCAUCUGGUCCCACCCUUUUACUCAAGUUAUCGUCGACGCUUUCAAAUUUGUCCUCGGCUUCUUUUUGUAUCUCUGGAUGCUUCUCCCUGAACCUGUACGUGGUCUUAUGGAGCUAUCGUUUUUCACGUUGUCGUUCUACGCCACAGUAUCACACACUGUCAAUGACUACCUGCGCCGUUGGCUCAAUCCAAACACACCUGACGAUCCUGCGGCUUCUCCUUCUCCCCCUUCCUCUGGUGGACCACCUGGUGGAGGAGGCGGCAAUCCUCCUUCGGACGACUCCAAGCCUGUCGACGCUCCCAACGGCCCUAAACCGCCAACAAACACUGCAUCAGUUGGAACUCAGACUGAUGACAACACUACACCUGCUGGCUCUCAAGCUAAUGACAACACUACAACAUCUGGAACCCAAACUUAUGACAACAAUAGAUCAAUUGGAACCCAGACUAUCGAGACUAGAUCUACUGUCACUGCGAGAGAGCGCAAUUGCCAAAACAACCUCCAGCGUGUACAAAGUGAGCUUGCAGAAGCCAUAUUAAACAUUGAGGCUAAUGAACAAACCAUCGUACGCCAAGAUGGAGCCAUGAAAGACUUGCGAGAAAACCUUACGGACCUACGUCGAAACGUUCAAUUACUCACAUCACGUAACGAAGAGGCUGAGAAGCAAGUUUCGGAUAUGACAGUGGCGGAGAGAAAAAUGAGAGUUGACCUCGCUUUCUAUCAAGUACAAGCUCAAAGGCUUGAAGGCCAAGUCCGUGAAGCCACCAGAACACACUCGAGUGAGAUCAACAGGCUCCAGGCAGAGCGCGAUGCCACUCCUACGGACCUCGGUUACGCGAUUGCGAGCCAUCAGGAGGAAAUCAAGCGCCUCAAUGAAGCACAUGAGGCACAGAUCAACGAGCUAGCGUCAACUCACGAUGCUACUGUCCAGGAACUCAGGUCUGAGGUCGAGAAACUCAAUGACACUCUCCGCAAGGUUGAAGAUCCCGAUCAUGCUGAAGAGAGGCACAGCCGUGAGAUCAAGGAUGCUGUCGACAGAGAGAGGGCCAACGCUAGCAAGGAACUUCAGGAUACAACUACGCAGUAUCAAGAACGUAUCUCUGAUCUGGAGAACCAGUUGGAAGAGGAGCGCAAACAGAGGGAGAGGUCCGCAACCCUGGCUGCUUCUCCCCUUGAGGCUGAGAGCGCAGAGUUGAUCGAUCUCAGAGAGGAGAUCCAACGAUUGGAAUCGCUUCUAGCCAGCAAGGACUCAGAGGAGAGUGCUGCCAAAGAGCAGAAGAAGCUUUCUGAUGAGGCGCAAGAGGGCCAGACAAAGGCUCUCGCAGACUGCAAUGAUAGAGUCAAGGCUCUUGAGAACACAAACACCGAGCUCACGCAGCAAAACAAGACAUUGCUUGAGAAGGAGCGCGAGGCCAGAGACGCUGAGAACAAGGCUAGAAGUGCCGCCGACCAGGCCAGAACAGAGAUCGAGUCCUUGCAUGGACAGGUCGAGUCGCUCAGCGCCUCACUAUCCGCUAGAGACGGCAAUGAUGCUGCCAUUGACGCGGCACAGCGCGCGAAAGACAACGACGAGCAACUGAAUAGACAAAUCCAACAACUUCAACAAGAGCUUAUCAAGGCCAGGGAGUCUGCUGAAAUCGAUACAGAACAGAUUGGAAUUCUCGAGACCGAGUUUGCUAUGAUGCAAGAGGAGCGCGACAACUACAAGCAGAAGACCGAAGCACUGCUAAUUGAAGGCAACGAUCUUUUGGGUAAAUUCAACGACCUUUCGGAUCGAUUCAAGAACCUCUCGCAAACCUACGACCAACUACGCUAUGCCUACGCUCAGCAGGAAGAAGACUACGCUCAACAGGGAAGAAACUCGCUGGCUGAGAUCACCUCCUUGCGUGAAGCAGGCCUUGGAGUCGAGCGCAAGUUGAAACUUUCCGAAGACGCAAACAAUCGUCUGCAACAAACACUUCGCGAGCAGCAUCAGAAGUGCCAGGAGGAGAAAGACAGGCUCCAAAGGCAGUCCCAAGCUCUACUCACGCACGAAAAGGGAAACAACAAUACCCUGCGCGCCCAAAAUUCUGAGUUGCAGGGGCAAAAUCAAGAGCUGCAACAUGAAACCGCAGGCUUGAGAAGCGAGAACGAUAUGCUGCGUAACACGAAUACCAGCCUGAUCCAAACCAACAACGGUCUAGCAGAUCAGGAUCUGAAAGAUGGGUUGACAAACGCACUCCAGGCUCAGGCCCAGAACGGGCAGGUGGACAAUGCCAACCAGGCUCCUCAAUCAGAUGCUUUCACCAACCAAGCUCCUCAGUCUAAUCCUUUCUCCAACCCUCCCCCAAUGUUCCCAUCGCAAGCCGGUACAGCAUCUGGCGGCGCAUCACCUACUACUCGUAACUCCAAACGUGGUUCUGAAGCGUCCGAUACUGCUGAUAAGCAUCCUAACACAAAGCCGAGCAAUGCCCUCGGUCGCAAGAUUGCGCCACAUCGAAGUCGUGCCAACUCCCCUGUCAAGAGAAACGGUGAGUCUGAAGACCCUGCACAAGAUAUACUCGAUUGGUGUAACUGA